AUGGUUCAAGUAUCAACAAUCGCUGAAAGCCUCUAUGCGAAGAAGGCAUCGAAAUAUAUUGAAAUUUUAAACCAGUUGCGUCGUAUCGGUGCACAUUUUACUGUUAACUUGCCUACAAUUGUUUUUUGUGGUAAUCAGUCGGCUGGUAAAAGUUCGUUACUUGAGGCGAUUUCCGGUGUUCCGCUACCAAGGUCCGAUGGAACUUGUACUCGCUGUGUUAUGGAAUUACGUUUAAUCGAAUCCAAAGAACCAUGGCAAUGUCAAAUUUUUUUACGUCAUGAGUACGAUAAAGACGAGAAUCCCCUUCCCUGUACAACCGAAGUGAAAUUUGGGAAUAUGAUAUAUAGCCCCGAUGGUGUUGAGCUUAUGGCUCGUAAAGCACAGAAAGCUUUAUUAAAUCCUUUAAAUGAUAGUAAUCAGUAUGUCGAUUGGGAUUUCAGUUACGAGAAUGAAGCUGAUCCUAAUAGCCUCAAAUUUACGAAAAACGUUGUAUGUUUAGAGAUAAAAGGGAACAAUGUGCCAAACUUAAGUUUAAUUGAUCUACCUGGCAUCAUUCGUAA